GAGCAAGAUGCUCACUGCCAACAGCGGGGCCGCGGGUGUGCGGGGACGGGGCGGGUGGCAAGCUCCUUCCCCGUGCUCCUUCGUCGGGCGUGGGGUGCGGGACGGAGCACGGGGCGUCCCGGGUGGCGGCGGGCGGGGCGGGGCAGCCCCGGCGGCGGUAGCUCCUCCGGUCCCGGGCUGCCUCGGCCAGAACAGCGGCCCCAGGUGCGGAGCCGGGUGAAGGGAGGCUCCGUUCCGCGCCGUGCCCACCGCUGCGGGCGGGGGUGAGGGCCGCCGGGCCGGGGGCGAAGGGCCGCCAGCAUGAACAUCCUGCUGGAACUGUUCGUGGUCACCUUCCGAGUGCUGUGGGCGUUUGUGCUGGCCGCUGCCAAGUGGCUGGUGCGGCCCAAGGAGAAGAGCGUGGCGGGGCAGGUGUGCCUGAUCACCGGGGCGGGCAGCGGCCUGGGCCGUCUCUUCGCCUUGGAGUUUGCCCGGCGUCGGGCGCUGCUGGUGCUGUGGGACAUCAACACGCAGAGCAACGAGGAGACGGCGGGCAUGGUGCGGCACAUCUACCGCGAGCUCGCCGAGGCCGCCCCCAAAGCUGGAGACGGAGAGAAAGAUGUGCUGCCCCAUUGCAGCUUGCAGGUUUACACAUACACCUGUGAUGUGGGCAAAAGAGAAAACGUCUACACAACAGCGGAGAGGGUCCGCAAAGAGGUUGGAGAGGUUUCGGUCCUGGUUAACAAUGCUGGCGUGGUCUCUGGGCACCACCUUUUGGAGUGUCCUGAUGAGCUGAUUGAGAGGACCAUGAUGGUCAACUGUCAUGCGCAUUUCUGGACGACUAAAGCCUUCCUUCCCAAGAUGCUGGAAAUGAAUCAUGGACACAUUGUGACAGUUGCAAGUUCUUUGGGACUGUUCAGUACUGCUGGAGUAGAGGAUUAUUGUGCUAGCAAAUUUGGAGCUGUAGGUUUUCACGAGUCUUUGAGCCAUGAACUGAAAGCUGCUGAGAAGGAUGGAAUCAAAACAACUUUAGUCUGCCCUUAUCUUGUAGAUACAGGAAUGUUCAGAGGAUGCAGGAUCAGAAAAGAAAUUGAGCCUUUCCUUCCACCAUUGAAACCAGAAUACUGUGUGAAGCAGGCUAUGAGAGCUAUCCUUACAGAUCAGCCGAUGAUCUGCACGCCUCGCCUCAUGUAUAUGGUCACCUUCAUGAAAAGUAUUCUGCCCUUUGAAGCAGUUGUAUGCAUGUACCGGUUUCUGGGAGCAGACAAGUGUAUGUACCCCUUCAUUGCUCAAAGGAAACAGGCUACAAACAACAAUGAAGCAAAAAAUGGAAUUUAACACUGGUUCGGAUGGACUAACGUUUAUAGGUGAAUAUGAUAAUGUUACCUGAGUGAAUUGUGAAGUGCACUUGCAUCUAAGAGAUGCAAAAAGUCAUCAUCUUACUGUGGCAUUCUCUUGGGUCCUCAACCUGUGUAUUGAACUCUAAAAAUCAAUGUUUUUUAAUAUACUGUAAAUAAAACUGACUAGAGUACUUGGAAAAUGUGAUAGGUAAACAAGGUGAAUUUACAAUGUAGCUGCCACCAUUGUCCUUUAGAAUCUCACUGUAUGUACAGUAAACUAGUCAUACUACUUCUUGUAGGGAUGCACUGUGUGAUAUCUCUUCCUCAGCUUACCAAGAUUUAUAAAAGCUGUCUACAACCAGAAGAUGCAAUGUCUCAGAAGUUGUUCAUUUUUCCCUACAGUGUUUGGUAAGGGGCAGGGAGGGAAAUCUUUAUAUUUAAGCUACUGCUUAUGCCCUUUUAGCAAAUUCAAGGACAGUUUCUGACUGCAUCUCUUUGCUUGUUAAUCCAAGCUCUCUAAAGGACACAUGGCCAGAUUGUGGUGUAAUUCUCUUUUGUACCAAUAGUGUGUAUUCUAUUUAAACAAAGAUAAAAUUUUUUGAAAUUUCUGCAGAUUCAAAGGCAAGUGAAUGUAUCAGAAAUACAUUCAAACUUGUACUGGGCAUCUGGCUUUCUAGGAAUGCAGUCAGUAAUUUAAAUCGACUUUUUUUCAAGUCACUUGAUUUGAAAUAUGCUCUGUUCUGUUUCCCUCUAUAUAUGUCCGAGUCCAGUCUGCUGUUAUGGACUAUGUUUCUUUUCGUAGUACUUAUUUCCGACAGAGUUCUCCCACCCCUGAGGAAGCUGUUGUACUAAAUUUCUGUAACUGGACUUGUGCCUAAAAGACAAAGCAACUCAGCUGAGAUACAAACUGUUUAUGUAACUGCUGGUCAUAUGCCAACUAUUAGCAAAUGAAAAAUAGAGUAACGCCUGAUGCAACUUUACAUGUGGAGUAUGGAAGGAUGUAAAGAUUUUUUUGAGUUGUACUCACAUUGUAGAACAGCAAAUGACAUUUUUACAGUAUUUUUUGUAAAGCGAACAAUUUUGUGCCUUGAAUUUGGUAAUCUGUAUUAGUGAAGCAUUGUAAAAGUGAACUUCUACCUCUGUAUCUUAAUGUAUACCAUCCACUUGUAAACUACUAUUGGACAAAUUGUGAUUACUUUUUUUAGGAUGUCUUGUUACAUAGUGACCAAUGCCUGUGGUUAUUAAAGUGAGCCACCUUUUCCUUAAAUCCGUGAUUGGAAUGCUUCCUUGAAAGACUAGUUCAAGCUACUUGUGCGUGCUCCAUAGCUCUUUAUCAUCAACACAGUUCACAUACUUAUUGCUCAGUUCCUGUGUCUGCUUUGUCAACUACAAGGUUUAGUCUAAUCUCUUAAGCAUUAGUAAGUACUGUGAAAUUAGGCUUCAGGAGUUGACAGGUUUUUUUUUUCUCUCUAGUUUCUAACCUGGUCAAUGUAGUAAUUGGUCAGUGAGCAUCUGAAGAGUUUUGGUUUUCUAUAGAGCUUAAUUAGAUAUACAUAAAAAUAACCUAGUGUGGGUGUGAUUUUUAAGGGAUUAAAAAAUAUUUCAGUGCAGUUGCAGUUACUACUUAUUACAUGUGCAUAGCAUACAUACAUUGGUUUUUAUUUUGUAUGUUUGGAAAAUAGUGUUUUAACUAAAUCUUUUAGAAAUUAGUUUAAAGUAGAUGAAACUGUUUACAUUAGCCCUUUUUCCAAAUUCCAUCCUCUUGAAAAUGACUCUUAAUUUGACCCUAGGGAAGUAAUUAACUUCAUGUUCUUGCAGCAAACUCACUAAGAGUAAGUACAGCAAAUUUCAUUCCAUUACACAGCAUAAUUUUAAUGCACUUUUUUCCCCCUCUAAGGUGUUUUAAUCUAUAUUGCUGUCUGUGACUGAGAAGCAGAUUUUAUAGUUGAUAUUGAUUCCCAAAACACGUAGUAGUCUGGCAGAAAUGGAAAAAUAAAAAGCUGACCAUAAUACGAAGUUCCUGUGAAGCAUCAUACCAUUUUAUGAGAAUAAUAGACCAACUUAAAAAGCAAAUUUCAGGGUUUGUAGAGUUCUACUUCAGUAAGUAGAUACGUUAUCAUACUGAUUUCUGUGAGCUCAAUACUAUCCCAGAACAUAUGGUUCAUCUCUCUGUUUGAACUGUUUGCCUCAUGGUUGGUGCCCUCUGUGAACUGAGGCUCAUGGUUGGUGCCCUCUGUGACCAUGUUUCUAAAAGUAUUCAGACCCUUAACUCCAUCUCCUGUUCAAUAGUCAAUUAGCUGCAUGUAGAGAAAGGAGAUAACAAAUGCCAUGUAGAUCUUAGAAGAAUUGCCUAAGUGCUUGUCAAGAGGUCCUUUGAGAUUAAUCUUUUAUUUUUCUAGUUUGUCAAGUAAUAUCAAAGUUAUUGCAGACAAUGUCCCCAGAGACAGCAUAACUACUGAUUUAGCCCAACUGAUAGCAUGCCUUGCAGAAUGCUACACUGUGCUUAAAUUCAAUUCAAGCUUCACAUUAAACAAAUUCAAAAUGUUAGUUUCUCCAUUUCAGGGAAAAAAAAAAAACUGAUUUGGAAACAGUUUUGGAACUUCUGUUAACUCUGGCUGUACCUUAAAAGGAACAGAACAUUAGAAAGGUUGUCAUUCAUCCAAGAAAUUUUUUUGUUGACUUCAUGUCUUUCCAGUUGCACAGGUGCUGCAUACAGAGCAGGAAGUGACGACUUGUGACUUGGCUUAGAUUGUCCUGAACUGCUGUAAAUACCGUGUCACACUCAGAGCUUCCUUUAACACUGGGAUCAGAAACUAUGACAAUUACUGUGUAAAUAGAUCAGAUUAGAAGUUUUAAAUUAAUACUGUAAAUAUGCAACUUGAUAUGGGAACAUUUUCCUUCAUUCUGUAGGACAUUACCUGUUACACCUAGGUGAGCAAAUGCGACAUACCUCUGGGUAACUGUCUGUCUUUGUCAUGCUGUAACAACCAGCUGGAAUAAGCAGAUCAUUGAACAUUUCACAGAAGGCUCCUAUCUUAACAAUGCUAAGCUUGUAGUCAUGUAAAUCAGGUAUCCAAAGAUCAUUCUCUAGAACUGCUUUCCUAGUACACAGGACAAAUCACACCCUCUACUUGGCACAUCUACAGUGGCACUUAUGGGUUAACAGUCAGUGGAGAGAAAUAGGCACUACCUGAGUUAGGCUCUGGGGAUUUUUCAUCCUGUUUUAGUUGUGUGCCUAUAUGAGGAUUGGGUACUUUCACUAUGGAGGAGCUGGAUUCUUUCUCACUAAAGAUGUUUGGCUAGCUAGUUGAGACAUUAUCAUCUGUUUGGUCACAGGAAUGGUGCCUUUGGAGUUUACACAUGUUCCUUUUAAACUGAAGCUUGAAAGGUAUGAGAUAACACUUUUUUCUCUCUAAGAAAUAAGCUUUCUUGCAUUUGGUCGGUGUUAAGUAUUUGUGUACAGACAGUUACUGCAGUGUAAAUGGUAUGUCAGAAAUGUAUUCUCACAACCAGUUCUAUCUCAUGGUAGCUUGCUCUUUGGCUUACACUUUGAGAAUUUGUCUGUAAACGUCUACACAAAUAGUCCUUUAAAGCCAGGCUGUGUUUACUGGUGCCCAGUGCCAGGAUAAAAGAGCAGCAGGCACAAACUUGAGCACAGGAGACUGCCUCUGAAGAUCAAGAAAAAAUUCUGUGUGGCGUGGGUGAGAGAGCACUGGUACAGCCUGCCCAGAUGCUGUGGAGUCUCUUCCUUAGAGUUUUUCAGAGCUGCCUGGACAUGGGCCUGGGUGCCCUGCUCUGUAUGUCCGUGCCUGAGUGGGGGUUGGUCCAGAUGGAUCCAGACGUUCCUUCCCAUCUCAACUAUUCUAUGAUUCUUCCAGACAGAAGGGAAGGAGCCUUCAUUCUGGUUAGUAGACGUGCAAUGGAAGUGAACUAGCAUCUCUUAAGGGCUGGGCCAUAUAGGAAAGAAAUCUACAGUAAUUUGAAUCCACUCUCAGUGAACCAAUUAAUGGCAAACAGAGCCUGGAUUAGUCUCAUAAAAUUAUGAGCAAAAUAAGAGCCUGAAAGCCUAGACUUUCCUUCUGUAGGGCUGAUAUAUCUGGGGGAGAAAACUCACUGCUGUAAAAUCCAAGCUGUUCUCAGAGUAUUCAUUCUCUUCCACUCCCCAGCCUUUAUAAGAAGUAUGCGGUCACUGGGCUUCUAAACUGGGUAUACCCAUUAGGUAAUCCGAGUGAGAAAAGGCAAAUUUAGGCUUUAAAUAUCUUCAGUUUUGGUGUUAGCAAUUUCUUGUACCAUGUACAUGUUGGUUACUUUGUGUUUUAAUUUCUUUGCAGAUUGGAGCACCAAACUUAGAUGCCUACUGUAGUUCAAGUAGUUCUUUCCUCACAUACAGUUAGGCCUGGUCAGGUGGUGAAUCGUUAGAGCACAGUAAACGUAUACCUUACCUUACAUCAUAUAAGUGGUGCAGAAGAUCUGUUGCUGAGAUAACCUAAUCAGGAACCAUAUCCUCUCACUUCAUAAUGAAUAAAUACUCCAGGAGCAACCUUUGCUCUCCACAUUCAAACACUGUCACAAACUGUCAUAGCUUAUGUACGUGGGCAAACCCUGAAAAGCCUUUUCUUUAUGAGGAACUUGGGGAAUUCAGAGGAAUCAAAGAUGUGUAGCUAAUGCACAUAAAUUAAAGGAUUAUACCUGAUCGCUAUGGCUCUGAACAUGUGCAUCUGCACAAGAGUUUAAUGCCUAUUAAAGUGUUAACUUAACCUCUCAA